AUGAUCCGUUGGGUUCUCCAUUCACUGUUCGUUUCAUCAUGUUUCGCUGUCACAUGUUACGACUGUUACGGUACUGGACCAGAUCAUGCCGCGUGCACGAAAGACAGAAGCUGCACGGGCCUCGCCUGUAUGAUCUUUGACGCCGGCGAUGACAACAACACUAUGACAGCUUUUUGCUUGCUGGCAAUGAAAGAUGAGAAAAUUGAGCAAAAAUCUGGUUGUUGGCUGGAGCCGGACGGCCGAGGACGGCACUGCAUGUGCUACACAGACUUUUGCAACCGCUUGGUGGACAAAAGCAAAGGAUCAGAAAAGCCGACGUAUCCGAUACUGCCCGAUGCCCAGUUCCUUAAACACAAUCCACUACUCGACUACCAUGAUCACAACAGUGAUUCUGGCGAGGGUGAUGGGGCCGCUCCGAUGCCAGAGAAUGUCAUGUUCCCAGCUGCGAUGACGGCGGACCCAAGAACGGCUGGUAGUGUCGAUGAUGAAGCUGAAGAACAUAAAGCCAAUUAUGAAAUCUCUUUAGAUUUGGUUCCAAUCGACUUUGCUGAAUACGAUCGAGAGUGGAAAGAAAAAAACGAGAAACAAACUACAACGGACAGAAUUCCUGACAGAACCCAGGACGUUACCUCUUCUGCUCGCCUGCCGUCUUGGAUGUUGAUGACGAUGACCUUGGCAACGUCAGUUGCUCGACUGCUGGUUCAUAUCUAA